AUGCUCACCAUAGAGCAAAAGAUAUCGCUCAUUAAACGAAAUGACGCUGGCGAAUCGCCUCAAGACCUUGCCAAGAGAUAUCAUAUCGGCGAACAGACUGCUCGUGAUAUUAUAAAGCAGAGGGACAAAAUCUGGAAGUUUAUUCAGAACUGCGAAACUUCCGAAGGACCCGUGAAGCGGAAAAGCAUGAAGGUGUCGUCUUUCGAGGAGCUGGAUGCAAGCAUGCUCAGCUGGUACAAUGAAAGCCGAGCGGCUGGCAUACCGGUGACAAGCGCGAUGUGUAUCGAACAGGCGAAAUAUCUUCACGAGAGGAUGGACUUGAAGCGUUCAUUUAGUGCAUCGUCCGGAUGGCUGACCCGGUUCAAACAACGGUACGGCAUCGCGGGGGUGUACACACAUUCCAAGGCGAAAGCCGGCAGCUCGUCCAGUGCCGAUAAGUUCUGCUACCAGUUUCAGCAGGUCAUCCAAAACGAAGAAUGGUUACCGGACCAGAUAUACAAUGUCGAUGAGACGGGCCUGUACUGGAACUCUCUACCCUCCAAAACUGGAACAGACACAAAUGUGACGAACGAGCGCAUUACCAUACUAUGUUGCACGAAUGCUACCGGGACGCACAAGCUCGAUCUGACCAUAAUUGCAAAAUCCAAACAUCCCUGGAACCCAAAAGAUGAAGAAUUUCCCCAGACCGCCGUCAAUUACUACGAAGCAAAGGGUGGUUGGGCGAGCAAGGAAAUCUUUCAACACUGGUUCCAAUACAAAUGGAUUCCGGAAGUGAGGGCAUAUUUGACGGCUAAAAUUUUACCCCUACGAGCGAUACUGCUGCUAGAUACCGCACCGUGUCAUAUUACCGACAGUGCUCUACGGUCGGAGGACGGUUGCAUGAUCGUACGGUUUAUGCCAACGGAUGUCGCUAACUUAGUGCAACCGAUGCAGCAAGGAAUUAUAUCGCUGCUCAAGUGGAACUAUCGGACGGAUCUGCUCAAGCAGUGCCAAAACGACGAUAAGUAUAUAAUGAACCGAAGGAUAGAGGAUGCUGUGAAAGAGCUGGAGGCUGGUUGGUCCAAAGUGAAUCCACAGUCGAUCAAGAGCGCCUGGAAUAAGUUGAUCCCGGAAACGGAACAGUACGUGGUGGAAAACGAGAUCAUACAAACGAAACAGGAAGCUGACUGGUCCAAAGUGAACCCACAGUCGAUCAAGACACCCUGGAAUAAACUAAUCCCGGAAACGGAACAGUACGUGGUGGAAAGCGAGAUUAUACAGACGAACGGGGAAGAAGCGUGUGUCGUGAUGGUGGAUCAUCAAACGGGUCUGGUGAUGGGCUUUGAGGAUGUUGAAGAAAUGGAUGGGGUGGAGCAAAUUGAAGAGUGUAUACCCGAAGGGGACGAAAUCGAGGAAGAUAUCCAGGAAGAAGCGGAAGAAGUCGAAGAAGAAAUACAACAGGUCGGUGAAAUAGAGCAUGUUCAGGUGGAACAAUGGUUUAACACAAACCAGGCGAUAAUUGUGAAGGAAGAAAAUAUGGUUGAGGUAGCGGUGGAAUUUUCCGAGCUUGGUGACAAUCCCGAAAGUGGGGACAAUUCCGGCGAGGAGUCUAAGGAUAAACGGCUCGAACUGCACACGGCACUGACAUCGGUGGAGACGCUGCUAGGUUUUGUCGAUCACCGGGGACUUACAAUCGAUGAUAAGAGAGCGUUUAAAGCAAUUCGAUCCGAUGUGCGAAAGUUAAUGAAAAGUUUAGAGUCGAAAAAAAACAAUCCUGAUACCAUUAUAUCUUAG